AUGAGUGUUGCACCGCCACCAUCAUACAAUGCACAAGUUUACAACAACUAUCAAACAGCACCACCAGAACUGAUCAUGGAUCAGCCGGUGUUCAUUGGAACUCCAACCUUCAUUCCUAGCAACCAUCCGGUACAAUGCGUAUGUCCGAGAUGUCAGCAACCGAUUACGACUCGAACAGAAAAAGAAAAUGGUCUUUUAACUUGGCUGUUUUUCGGUGGUCUUUUUCUUCUUGGUUGCUGGCUCGGUUGUUGGCUUAUUCCGUUUUGUGUGGAUGAUUGCAAAGAUACAGCUCAUUAUUGUCCAAAUUGUUCUCAGUUACUUGGUGUAAAAAACAGUUGUCAUAGUGGACUACUAGAUGAACAAUACCAAAGACAAUUUUUUGUGUUAUUUUCCUAA